AUGAUGAAUAAAGGUAACGAUGAUGCGGUGCCGAGAGUCACCGAGAAAAUGAGAGAAGUGAUUGCCGAGGAGGUUGGAAAGGCAAUCGAAAAUAGUUUGUCCGGUUUUAUUGAUAAGAUCCAAAACACGGUACUAUCGGUGAUUGAUGAGAGAAUCAAGAAAUUGGAAGAUAGUGCCAAUAUAGCGAAGGAAAAGUCUGGAGGACGAAAGCCUUGUUCAUACAAAGAAUUCAUGGCAUGCAAACCGCCAGUUUAUAAUGGGGAGGUUGACCCGAUAAUAUGCCAACGAUGGCUAAGCGACAUCGAGGGAGUGUUUGAAAGGACCCAUUGUGAUACAAAUGACUACAUAGCCUAUGGUAUGGGUCAAUUAAAAGGUCAAGCGAAAGACUGGUGGGAUAACAAGAAGAAAGAGAUUGGAAGUGAAGCGGCUAAGGCUAUGACAUGGGAUGAAUUUAAGACGCCGUUCCUUAAACAUCAUAGUCCCAAGGCGGUCAUUAACCGAAUCAAAGAAGAAUUCAUGCAACUUAGACACAAGGGUGAGUCCAUCGACAAAAUCACGGGAAUGUUCAUGGAUAAGAUGAAGUUUUGUGAUGAACUGGUGACGAAUGAAGAACAUAAGAUAUAUUACUACUACAACAUGUUGAGCGCCGAGUACAGGGAGUUUAUGACUCCUUCAAAGUAUGAGACCCUUACCGAGAUAAAAAAUGUUGCUCGGGAACGGGAGAUUGAAUUGAAAAAGCAAGUUGAGCGGGGCGAACGAAGGGCACAUGAUGUUAAUCCAAGCCCUACUAAGAAAGCACGGAUGAAUGAAACAGUGAAGAAAUCGGACGCAAAAGGUGGGUCGCCAAGUUGCAAAAUCUACGGAAAGGGUCAUAAGGGCGAGUGUCACUUCAAGGAUAAACCCUGCCCCAUAUGUCGGAAAACGGGGCAUAUGGCUUCAACAUGCCCGGAUAAAGUGACAGUUUGCUACCAGUGCUAUCGACCGGGUCACAAAAAGUCAGAAUGCUCGGAGCUAGUGGGAAAGAAAGAUGGGCAAGACAUGAAAGGUGAAGCCCCGAAGGCAAAGGCUAGAACUUUUCACCUAACCGCCGCAGAAGCAAAAAUAGAACCCGAAGUGGUUUCAGAAGUAGAGAUAGGUAAUAACAAGAGUUUUAUCGUUUGUGAUGUAUUUCAAAAUUGGAAAUUGAGCAUCGACGACGAAGAGUACUCAAUAGACUUGAUCCCGAUGUCGAUGGGAGAAUUUCAAGUGAUCGUAGGUAUGGAUUAG